AAUGAUUAUCAAUUUUAGAUUUUUACCUAAAUAUUUCACACAAUCUUUAGCGUAUCAAAAUAUCCCUACUUAAGAAUGUGAUUUUCUUAAGCCAUGCAGAAAAAUAAAAUGGAUUUAGGUUAAAAUGAGGUGAUCUAGUAGACUAUAGCUAAAUUUUAAACAUAAUCGUCUGAGUUUUUGAAGAUGGAGUGUCGAAUGUCUGGUCUACUGCAUGCCCGAGCCCGUGAAGGAGAUGUAGAAGGGGUUGUUCAAGUUCUAGACUCAGGACGUGUUCAUGUUGACUGCAAGGAUCAGGACGGGACAACUCCUUUAAUGGUUGCCUGCUCAUCAGGGAAAGUGGGUGUGGUCAAGAUUUUACUAGACGAGGGGGCAGAUCCAAAUAUCAGGAAAAUUACUGGAGUGUCUGCAGCCUUUAUUGCUUGUCAGGGAGGUUUUCUAGAUAUACUUAAACUACUCAGGCAGGCAGGUGGCGAUAUAAACUUACAAUCACAGGAGGGAGGUACACCUCUAAUGAUAGCUGCACAGGCUGGUCAUCUUGAUUUAGUACAACACCUCAUAAAGGAGGGAGCAAGCUUAAAUACUACUAUGUGGGAUGGAGCUACAGCUUUGUUUCUUGCUGCCCAGAACGGCUGCAGCAGAGUAGUGGAAGAGUUAUUGAGUACAAGGGACAAGGAGGAGAUAGAACAGAUUACAAGGGACAAGGAGGAUAUAAAACAGAUUACAAGGGACAAGGAGGAGAUAGAACAGAUUACAAGGGACACGAGGGAGAUAGAACAGAUUACAAGGGACAAGAGGGAGAUUGAACAGAUUACAAGGGACAAGGGAGAGAUAGAACAGAUAACAAGGGACAAGAGGGAGAUUGAACAGAUUACAAGGGACACGAGGGAGAUAGAACAGAUUACAAGGGAAAAAAUUGUCACAAGGGGGGCUGGAUUUUCGAACGAACGGGAUUGUGACGGAUUAGAUAAACAGAAAAGGGAUUGUAUUGGAUUGGAUCAGCAGAGAAGAGAUGGAGCUACACCAUUAUGGAUUGCAGCUCAGAUGGGACAUCAAGAUAUUGUUCAAAUCCUUCUCAAAGCCGGAGCACAGGUCGAUUUAGCCAGAGGGGAUGGUGCUACUCCUUUGUAUAAGGCAUGUGAUAAAGGGCAUAGAGAGGUUGUCAAAGAAAUAUUGAAAUUCAGACCGAAUCUUGGAAUUUUACAGAAUGGUGAAAGCUGUUUACAUGCUGCGGCAGCUAAUGGAGACCCUCAAAUUGUUAAUUAUCUGCUCCAGGCCGGAUCUGUUCCAAAUAUAACCAACUUGGGAGGUGCUACACCUCUGGAUAUGGCUACAGGAGAUGCUAAGCAAUGUCUAGCAAAGUUAACAUCUCACCCUGGAGUUGGGGCAACCAGGGCGUCGAGAUCCCCAACCCCUGACAGACUCUCCAGUCUUAGAUCUGGGGCUUCAAUGUUUUUCAGGAAAAAACUUGAACACCGAUCUCAAUCACCUCUUGCAUCACCUUUAACAUCUCGACAAACUUCUCCUCUAGCCUCUCCAAUGAGAAACUCCUUCCAUGCUACCAGGAGUCCAUCCGCCUCUCCUGCCACACCCUCCACCCUUGACACCCCUGGCUCCACCCCCUCUGGGACUCCAAAACACAGUGUCCAGUUUACGGACCCUGUUUUAAUUAAAGAUGGAGGAAUUGUCACCAAAGUUCAAUGCAAAAUUGUGGAAGCAAGGGAUCUCUUACAACGAGAAAAAAGUCCGAUUCGACUUGUAAAUCUCUCUCCAAGCGGUAGUCCCAGCCGGAGAACUAGUUUCUUGACAAGCGAUAACUCUUCUCCAUUUAACAGUCCUGUGCACAAUACCGCGUAUUUUAGUCCAGGUCAUUCAAGAUCGUCUUCGCCCGCUUCUUCCUCGCGAACUCACUGACACGUUGCAGAAACAAAUCCCUGACGCCAUUUUGUUGAUAAAGCAAAUCAACGUUACAAAAUAUGAUGAAAGGAAAAAUUUAAUUCUUUAUGGCUUGGAAUAUGAAAUGCAACUAAAAGGAAACUAAAUAAACAAAACAAAAGUUAAAAUUUUCUUUAUAAAUUUUCAAAGUAAUAUUUUUGGAAUUGAUAAUGUUGAACAGAACAGAACUUAAAUGAGUAAUUCAUUAAUCAAGAAUAAUGUUACUUUUAAAAUAACAAUGUAAUCGCAAGAAAAUAUUUUAUGUUUUUACAGACAUCUUUUAAGUUUAAAAACCUUCCUAGAGUUUUUUUCAGAAUUGUUUAAAAGAAAAUUUGGGUUUUUAUAUAAGGCUCAGUUAUUUUUGAAACUCAAAAGUUUAAUGUGCAUUUGGAAGUCUGAGUUUAUUUUUUUGUUGAAACUUGUAAUUUGAUAACUUUAAUGAACUUGUGUUGAUUUACAGUGAUUUUUGAUUAAACAUGUACGAUAUUAAAAUUGUUUUAUAUCAGUGAUAAUUAAAAUUAUAUUUUUUAGUUUCUAAUUUCGUAAGUCAUGUAUUUCUUUAUCAAUAAAUUAGUCCAAA